GAGGACCGGGGUUUGACAGAGACCCAGAUCCAGGAUCGAAAACCAGGACAGAGAGAUAGACCAGGACAGAGAUCCAGAUCCAGGACAGAGACCCAGAUCCAGGACAGAGAGACCCAGAUCCAGGACAGAGACCCAGAUCCAGAACCGAAAACCAGGACAGAGAGAUAGACCAGGACAGAGUCCCAGAUCCAGGACAGAGAUCCAGAUCCAGGACAGACAGACCCAGACAGACCCAGGUCCAGGACAGACAGACCCAGGUCCAGGACAGAGACCCAAAUCCAGGACCGAAAACCAGGACAGAGAGAUAGACCAGGACAGAGACCCAGAUUCAGGACAGACAGACCCAGACCAGGACAGACAGACCCAGGUCCAGGACCAAAAACCAGGACAGAGAGACCCAGACCAGGACAGAGAGACCCAGAUCCAGGACUGAAAACCAGGACAGAGAGACCCAGACCAGAAUAGAGACCCAGAUCCAGGACAGAGACAGGAGAGAGUUGAGACUAAAGGGAGGACCACUAUCCAUUCUGCGGUGGGUCAGUUAAGGGUCUCCAGGAGGUUCUGGUCUGAGGGGGGUCAGUUGAGGGUCUCCAGGUGGUUCUGGUCUGAGGUGGGUCAGCUGAGGGUCUCCAGGUGGUUCUGGUCUGUGGUGGGUCAUGCCGUGGCUGGUGUCCUCCCAGUUGUCCCCCUUGUCCUUGUCUCCGUCCCAGCGCCACUGUGAACGGACCGCCUUCGCCUUCUACUGCGCCGUUCGGGACCAGGAGCCGGUCUGGGUCCUGGAGGACAUGCGGACCAUGGAGGUCUUCUGCUGGGACGGGGGUCGUCCUCGGGCCUUCGAACCCUCCGACGCCCUUCUGUACUCCCUGGUCCACGACCACCGGGACUACGCCCGCUACCUGCUCCACAGGUUCUCCGUCAGUGCUCUCCGGGCUCCGUGCUGCAGCUUCUGCUUCAGUUCUGGUGGUUCUCCUCACCUGUCGGUGGCGGUCCGGUACAACCGUCUGGACAUCCUGACUCUGAUGGCGGAGGUUCUGCAGGUUCUUCCAGAGGCGGAGCGCCGGGCCUACCUGGACCGCUGCAGCGGCUGCUUUCACCUGUCGGACGGGGGGAAGACGGCGGUGCAGCUGGGGGUGGAGCUUGUGCGGCCGGACUGUCUGCUGCUGCUACUGGUCCACGGGGCGCGUCCGGAUGGCCUGGAGGCGGCGCUGCGGCGGCUGGAGGCGGCCGAGGGGGCGGAGCUCCGCCACGCCCGGCGCUGCCUGGACCUCCUCCUCCUGUUUAUGCCCGAACCGCCGACGGGGCCGCCGUGCCUGAAGGAGGAGCCGCAGCGCUGGCAAAGUCUGCUGGGAAAUGAAGUGUUUGACUGGCUGUCGGGCUCGGCCCCGCCUUCUCUGUUGUUGCAGGCGCUCCGGACUCUGGCUCGGUCUGUCCCGGGUCAGAUCGCAGAUCUGCCGGACCGCCUGCAUCCGCAAAGCUGCCAGUGAAAUUAGACUGUCACCACGGCAACUAGACUGUCACCACGGCAACUAGAUCUUCACCACAACAAGUAGACCAUCACCAUGGCAACUAGACCAUCAGCACAACAACUAGAGUGUUACCACAGCAACCAGACCAUCACCAGGACAACUGGACCUUCAUCACAACAACUAGACCAUCACCACAACUAGACCAUCACCACGGCAACUAGACUGUUACCAUGGUGACUAGACCGUCACCACGGUAACUAGACCGUCUCCGGGACAGCCACUGUCACCAUGGAAACGGCAGCUCAGGUUUGGUGUCUGCUUCUUAAAGAUGUAAAUAAAAUGUAAAUACAUGUAAAUACAGACUCUGAAAGUGAACUGACCUUCACUGACCAUUGAGACAAGAGGGUUCACCUGAUGGAUCCUGGGCCUGAUGGAACCUGGACCUGACGGAUCCUGGAAAUGGUGGAUCCUGGACCUGAUAGGCCUGUGUCCAAACCCUGGGCAUCAUUACGUCAUCAUGGUUACAGGAUAAAAUCACUCUAACACAGGUAGAAAUAUUGUACAUGACUUUUAUCUGUCAGGUUCUGGUCCUGACCCGUUGUAGUCUUGACCUGGCUCUGGACUUGACCCGGUCCUGACCCAGUCUUCUGGAAAGUCAAUGGAUUUUUUUUUUUUGGUGAAUGUGUGAGUGAAUAAACAGGUGUAAAUGUCCUUCAG